GCUGCUCGGCAGGGAACAAGAAACCACAAAUCACCCCCCUCCCCUCAACCCUGACCUGUCCUGCUUGGUUCGUCUGGGCUUUCAGAUCCACUGGAGAGUCCAGAGCAGGGACGGGGAGCCAGGGCCAGGACCUCCACCCUGACUCGGCUUCACUGCUGCUGGAUCGGACCCAGUCAGACCAAGAGGAGCUGAUCCCAGCCCAGCGCCUGCAGCAGCAUCUGUAGCCUGAGCUUCGCUGAGAGAGACAAUGGGGCUAGCAACUGGGGCUGCUGAGAGCGAAGUGCCGCUGCAGGAGAAUGGUAAUCGUGAUGGACACCUGGAGACUGAAUGGAAGCCAGAACCUCCUCGUAACUACAGGAAAUGUAACUACAAGAAACGUACAGUUGUGCUCCCAGUCACCCUCGCAGCCGCUGUGUUCUUAGGUCUCAUCAUCACUGUCAUUGUCCUGGCAGUGCCGAGACCUAAGCUUCCCUCAGCUGAUCUGAGCCCUCCUGUUGGCCCCACAUGCCCAGACGGCUGGGUCGGGUACCGAGGGAAAUGCUACUAUUUCUCUGAGGUCGAAGGGAACUGGAACUACAGCCAAAGCCACUGCUCUUCCCUCAGUGCCUCCCUGGCUGGGAUCGACAGUGAGCAGAACCUGGAUUUCCUGCUGCGCUAUAAAGGCAACCCCGACCACUGGAUCGGCCUCCGGAGGGACCCGGGGCAGCCCUGGAAAUGGGCCAACGGCACCGAAUUCAACAACCUGUUUCCGAUAGGAGGAGGAGGUGACUGCGCGUAUCUGAAUGACAAGUACAAGGUCAGCAGCUCACAGUGCACCAGUGAGAGGUACUGGAUCUGCACCAAACCCGAUGCGUUUACACAGGCAAAGGAGGCUGCUGCAGAAGGGGACUCGUAAGAAAGAGUACUGUAGAAUUAGUCCCGGAAAAGCCAGACUGAUCUGAUCUCUUUACAAUAUCACAUCUGAGCAAUUCCGGAACAUCAGGCAAUGCUCUGUGCAUCUCUGGGCAGAGCAUUAUUGUUUCGGGUGAAAACCAGAGAUGCUAUUUGCACAUCUUGUUCCCCCACCUCUGCCACCUGUUUUUCCUGCCAGUGGAACCCCUGUUACACUCCUCGUAGGAUAUCUAGGGCCUGGUAUGUAGGAGAAAGAGGAAAAAUGUCUGGUCACUCCCUUCCUGGAGCCAAGUGGGUUGGAAGAGGGCAGGGAGUGAGUAGGUGUGACAUUGGCAGACCAGGUACCAGCUCAUGCCAAAGUCCCCAUGUCUCAAUAGGACCCUGAGAAAUACUGAGCCGGGGUCAGGCUGGCUCACCUGUGUGUUAAAAUAGGUACUAGAAUUAUAAGAGUAUGUCUAGCCUUUAGUGAAUGCGUGUGAGCUGCUGCAGCAUUUAUCUAAUUUCUUCUGACAUCCGUAUCCCACAUUGUAAAGUGAUAUUGGAGCGUUUGUAUUGGGAGCCUCUGUGACUGUGUAAAUCACCAGACAGGAGAGUGA